UCUUGCUUGUCAACUUCCAGUGAACUGAUGAACUGUUGUUCACUUCUUCCCUAGUUACACAGUUCAUAGGUCCCUUUGUACUGAACAAAGUUGGGAAUCUCAGUUAAUGGAUGAAUACCUGUGCAGUCCACUUAGCAGGGAACUUGUGGGCGAUCUGAACGCACACAGUGUUGUUUCGUUGGCGCCCCCUCAAUGAGCUCGAGCUUGAUAACCAGCUGAUGUUGUGGACAAACUCAGCGGCCAUUCACAGAGAGAAGCAGCGUCAGACAGUGAAUCACAAGUGUUUCAGACUGACUGAAGUCCAGAAGAUAAGUGUUUGUAUGGAGGAAGAGGAAGACAGAGCAGAUUCUGCAGCAUCCAGCUGUCUGUCUAUGAAGAGUGACCAGUCGAAAAAUAUUCCUCUAGCCUUCAGUAAUGAACAUGCACCCUCAGACACAAACAAAACACCUGAGAACCUCCAUUUCAAAGAGAGGAAGAGGAGUCAUGUUUAUGUGGAGGAGGAGCCGUCCUGCUGUGCUUUGUGUCAGGACGUCCUGAAGGAUCCAGUCUCUACCAGCUGUGGACACUGGUUCUGCAGACAGUGCAUCACCUCAUACUGGGACCAGUCUGCUUCACCAGGAGACUCCUCCUGUCCCCAGUGUGGAGAAAGAUCCAGAACAAGAGCUGGACUGCAGAAAGACAGUCAUAGCAGCUCUGUACAAAUGAGUGAUGGUCUGCAGGAGGUUUUAGAUGAACAUAAGAUCAGUCUGAGGAGGAGAUGUGAAUUUGUGACUGAAGGAAGUGAUGAAACAGGAAGUGGAACCCUCCUCAACAGGAUCUACACUGAGCUCUACAUCACAGAGGGACAGAGUGAAGAGGUUAAUACCCAACAUGAGGUGAGGCAGCUUGAGACAGCUUCCAAGAUGGAGACCCUCCAUGAAACUCCAAUCAAGUGCCACGACAUCUUUAAAGCCUUACCUGACCAACAGAAACACAUCAGAGUGGUUCUGACCAACGGCGUUGCUGGCGUUGGAAAAACCUUCUCAGUGCAGAAGUUCACUCUGGACUGGGCAGAGGGCUUGGAAAACCAAAAUAUCAGUCUGGUGAUUAUGCUCUCGUUCAGGGAGCUGAACUUGAUCAAAGAUGAGCAGCACAGUCUUCUCACGCUGCUCCAUGUUUUCCAUCCAACAUUACAGAAGGUCCCAGCAGAGAAGCUCGCUGUCUGUAAACUGUUGUUCAUCUUUGACGGCCUGGAUGAAAGCAGACUUUCAUUGGAUUUCCACAACAAUGAGGUUGUGUCUGAUGUCACACAGAAGUCAUCAGUCAACCUGCUGCUGACAAACCUCAUCAAGGGGAAUCUGCUUCCCUCGGCUCUCGUCUGGAUAACUUCCCGACCUGCAGCAGCCAAUCAGAUCCCUCCUUCAUGUGUUGACAGGGCAACAGAAGUACGAGGCUUCACUGACGCCCAGAAGGAGGAGUACUUCAGGAGGAGAGUCAGUGAUGAAGAGCUGUCCAGCAGAAUCAUCUCACACAUCAAGACCUCCAGGAGCCUCCACAUCAUGUGUCUAAUCCCAGUCUUCUGCUGGAUCACUGCUACAGUUCUG